GUUUUAGCAAAACAGUAAGCAUAGAAGAGUGAAAUGGUGGGAAAUCAAGUACAGAGGAGGAAGAAAACGAGGGUUUUAUGCCUCCAUGGAUUCAGAACAAGUGGUGAAAUCCUGAAGAAAAUGAUAGGAAAAUGGCCUGAAUCCGUGUUGGGAAACUUUGACUAUGAUUUUCUCGACGGUCCAUAUCCCGCGAGAGGAAAAUCCGACGUUGAGUCCCUUUAUGAUCCACCUUAUUAUGAAUGGUAUCAAGUCAACAAGAUUGAGUGUGUGCAUUUUGAGGAAUGUGUUGCAUAUAUUGAAGAUUAUAUGAUUAAACACAGUCCCUUUGAUGGUCUACUGGGAUUUUCCCAGGGUGGAAUGAUUGCAUCUGUAAUUCCUCCACUGCAAAGAGAGGGGAUUGCUUUCACCAAAGUGCCAAAGAUAAAGUUUGUGAUCAUAAUAUCAGGUUUUGCACUUCUAGAAUUGAAGUCCGGACCGCCUAAAUUGCUUGCUGAUGUAUAUUCGGUUCCAAUUGACUGCCCUUCAAUUCAUAUGAUUGGGGAGAAGGAUUUCCUGAAGGAACAAAAUUACAAGCUAAUGAAAUUAUUUGUGAACCCCUUUCUUAUUCAGCAUUCAGUAGGGCACACCGUGCCGAGACUCGAUGAGAAAGGCCUGGAGACUAUGAAUAAGUUCAUGGAGAAAAUCCAGGAGAUGUUUCCACAAGAAUUGCAGAGUGGCUUAGGACUAAAGUCUGCAUUAUAGGUUGGUUGAAUGUCCCUUUGCAAUUCUAUAAGAUUGGUCCAAGUUGUAUAUUAG